GGCCGUGACAUGUGUGUUUUGUUAACUACAGUGCUACAGUCUACAGUCUACACUACAGUACACUUAGUGACUUACAGUCGUAAACUAUAAUUAUCUUACUAGAUAUAGAAUACCCAAGUACACCAAUAUGUUUACGCCUAAUGAAAAGAUAUCACAAAUCGUUACUAAAUUGUGGAACUUGGACGAAAAUCGUCUUGAGCCAGGAAAGGAUUAUGACAUAGAUCUGCAAGGUUAUACAAAAGUGUACAGAAAGGGCAGUGCAGAUUAUGCACGGGAGCCCCUGUUUACAUUUGUAAAUGAAGAAGAGGUGUUCGAACGUGAGACCUAUAACCAUUUUAGACUGCUGCUGAACAAUUACACGUGUGAAGCUGGCGUCAGUGAGGAAGUGACACCUGCAGAGAUGCAUGAGAACCAGCUAUUCAUCGACGCAAUCAUGGAGACAGACGUCAUGAAGGAGGCUCAUCGCGUCUUGGUAGAUAAUGAAAAAGCAUCAGAAGAUGAGGAGGAAUUCAAGCAACAACUCUACGACUUGUGGUUUAAACUUUACCGGCGAACAAAGGGCAACAGAUCUUUGGACUCAUCUGGUUUUGAACAUGUUUUCGUUGGAGAGACACGAGGAGAGAAAGAUGUGAUUGGUUUCCAUAACUGGAUACAAUUUUACCUGCAAGAAAAACUUGGUCAUGUCGACUAUUUGGGAUACAUACCUCGAGGAACACCCCGGGACGAUGUACAACGGCUUAUCAGCAUCCAGUUCUCGUGGAACGAUAGUGUGAAGCCAGUCGGCAGCAGCUUCAUUGGCACCAGCCCAGAGUUUGAGGUUGCACUCUACACUGUCGUCUGCCUCCUCAGUGAUGACUACAAGACUCCCAUCUGCAUUGACGGUCAAUAUGAAGUGGAGAUCUGCUGUCAGCGAUGGGGAAGGAACUUGGGAGCAGCUUAUCCUGUUGCCCAGUAAACAUUCAAAGGGUGUGUUGCUGGUCUUGGUGUCAAGUGGUUUAGUGUUCUAGUCACAUGGUAUAUAGGUUAGGUUAAGUAAGCAGCGCAUUAUGUAUUCACUUCACAUUUGAACUUUAUGAGCAAGGAAAGCUAAACAUGAAAGUAAACAGUGUAUUAUAUAUCCAUCAGACGGCUUAGGGACAAUCGGGUCUUCUAACACACUCUGUAAUGAACGAUGUUGUGUGGUUCGACCUUGACCGAAGUUGGCAGGUGCAUAAACAGAAUUUCACGUCAUACUGGACCCAUAUGGUCUUUUCACUGUUAUCGCUAAACUUCAGGCAUCGAUCACUCGGAGUGGUGUUGGAUUGAAGUUCGUGGGUUGUUUGGCCCGUUUCACCGGCCUCACCAGCACAUCGUCUCCUGGCGGGGUAUUGCAGCCUAUCACGUGAUAGUAAAUGUCUGAUAUCAGUAGUCUUAAGAGGCAGUAGUACUGUUUGAAGAAUACACUACAUGAUUUGCACCUUACAGCCUUAUUUGUAAUGUUAACCACGUGUGGUAAUUUGUUAAUGUUUACUUGUCCAGGCUGUUGACCAGCUCUAUCAAUCCAGGUUUUCUGCCAGGUGGGUGAAAGGGUAAAAUUCCAUAUCCAAAAAUAUUUCUAGGGUAUGGAUCCAUACCCCAAAUUAUGAGCAAAAAAAUACUUGUUUAUGUAUGUAAGUAAUAGUUGAAGUGAAAAUUAUAAUAUAUGGUAUUUUUGUUAAAGAAACAUGAAAAUUUAUUUGCAUACUUAUAUAUUAAUACAACAAGAUGGUCACUGGUUCAAACAUGAUAGUCACUGAUUUAAUGCACUAGUUGGUAUACACUUAAGGGGGCGGUUCGGUUUGCCACUGAACCAUUUAUCCACAAAUUCGCAUCAAAUUGUCCAUGGAGUCGAGUAUAAUUUGGUUCCUCAGGCACGUCUUAAUCAGCUUCAUAUCAGAGAAGCUUUGCUCAAUGGUUGCUUUUGAUACUGUCGAUGUCAAUGGCAGUUGCAUUCGUAAAAACAACUUAACAUACAUCUCUUUAGCAGUACGAUUUUGAGGAGUCCUUUUCUCCCUUUUUUGGACCUUACCCAAAACAUUUUCUGGCGGAUAUCCUGCAAUCUGAGUUUCUUGUGGAUACGUAGUAAUGAAUAUCGUUCCUAAAUUAUGUAAAUUGCAUCCUUAAAUAAACAGAUUGGCACCCGUGUUCUCUAUAGAACUAAGUUCCUAUCAUAAAUGUCAAUAUUGCUCUCAUAUUUUCUUGCUUCUACAAUUCUGUAAGGAGUGAAAAAUGAGAAUGCGUACAGUGUUAUGUCAUAAAAAUGUAUCGUCACAGAGAAGAUAUCUGUCUUUUUCAAUUGCAGGUAAAAUUCUAAAUUUCUUGCAUGUAUGUGUUUCAGAACUUUAAACAUGUUAAUUAAUGGUUAAAUGCAAAGUGUGAUUCUACAUAUUUAUCCAUACCAUGGACCAUGAUCAUAUUCCCCAAUGUGCAAAACGUGGGUAUAUGUGAUUUCAUGCAGUGCAUUGUGCAUGUGCUGUAUUGUGCAGGGAGUAUAGAAAAAUGUUUUCCUGACUAACCCUUUCAAGCAUACGAAGAUGAUGUCAGUGUCCCGUCAAUUCACUUGACCUCUUUGUAACACUAACAGAUUUCUGAGUCAAUGGACAGAAUCACCUGUUUUUGAGAUGUCCGCCCAUCGGUAUAUACUAUGCUAUGCCAAAUAUAACAACAGGAAACAUGUUACUCUGUAUUGACUGCUCUAGAAAACAAAUAACAUGAAUAAAAAAUAAAGUAAUAUUACUUUUUUUUACAAA